AUGACGGACCCUAGCACAUACGACUUCUUGAAGCUCAACACUACUCAGCCACCAAACAAACUCAAUCCUCCCUCCAGUUCUCGACUCUUCUCUUGCCUCUACUGCAACCGCAAGUUCUGCACUUCUCAAGCUUUAGGCGGCCACCAAAAUGCUCACAAGCGCGAGAGAGCCGCCACUCGCAGAACUCUCACCGCUUCCGUCCACCCCCAGCAGCCUCCACCCCCGCCCUACGCUGCUUACUGGCACCAGGCCACGUCCUUGGACGCCACUUCUUCUACUUCGGCAGUAUUUGGUGCUGGACGAUCGGUUUCUCAGGCGUUCUUAGGAGAUAAUGAGUCUGCUCACCAUGAAGACGUAAACCUCGACCUGACGCUUCGUUUGUGA